AAUCGCUAUUAUCUCCGUUAAUUUCAAAAUAUCCACGUCACCAUCCAACAACACACUAAUCAGUAAUCCCUACUACUACUGCUACUACUACUAUAUACCUGAAAGGAAGAUCCAACGCCUACGCCUCCCCAUCUUUCUUAUUUAUUUUUCCUGAAUUCUCUUUUUCUGUAGCCCCUACCCUAUAAUGCGCGAUGGUGUGUUUUACGCACCCCUCAAUCCACCGCUUCUUCUCUCUCCCUCUCCGACACCAACCUCCGUGAACAAUUCCAUUGCUGCCUCCAACCAAAACAUGCUCGUCUCCGUUUUUUUGGCCCUUUUCUUGCCUUGUAUCGGCAUGAGCGCAGUUUUUCUCGUCUAUAUUUGUCUCCUGUGGUACGCUGCAAGUCACCAAGCCGAAAUCCCACCGCCAGUAAAGGCGGCACCGGAGAAGGGAUUAUCGGCUUCUCAGCUCGAGAAAUUGCCUAAAUUGACUGGGAAGGAGUUGAUAUUGGGGACGGAAUGCGCGGUGUGUCUAGAUGAGAUCGAGAGCGAACAGCCGGCUAGACUGGUUCCCGGUUGCAAUCACGGUUUCCAUUUGGAAUGCGCUGACACUUGGCUUUGCAAGCAUUCUGUGUGUCCUGUUUGUAGGGCCAAGCUUGAUGCUCUGUUCUUCGUUGCUUCUAAUGAGAAUCCUUGUUAAUUUUAAUUUCUGAACAAGCAUGAUCCAACAAACAAGAAGUUCUUCCAGCUCUGUUCUGUUAUGUUGCCAGAAGAUUGCAGAUUGCGACUCAUAAUUACUAGGAUUUUGUGUGUGUAUAUAUAAUUAGAAUUCUUGAUUACAGUCGCUUAAUUAAUGAUUGUAUUUCUCUGUUUAGCUCGAUCGGAGAAGUUUUCUUAUGGGGGAUGAUACGGCGGCGAUCAGUGACCAUUGAUAUCCUUAAUUUCAUACUAAAAGAGAAAAUGUUGGCAGCGCCACUUAUCCUCGAGCAAUACAAAAUGGGUUUCCUUUUCUUGUCGUUGUUGUUUGUGUGUUCUUGAAAAUGCAGUUGUUAAUUCGGAGACACCUAAGCACAUUCGCAAAGUAAAUUAAGAAAUUAGCGUUUCUAAGUAAUAUAGAAAAUGGAAUUUGAAUUCAUUUAGAAAUUGAAAUGACCAAUUGGAUGCGCAAUAUGAGGGUGUAGAUUGGAGAAUAGUGGCGGCAGGCAGGGCGGGUGGUGGCGGUGCAUAGAUUGUUGAAAAGCAGGUGAUGCUGCUGGUUCUGUGGUGAAGGUACAGUUUUCGAGCUAUUCGUUCAUUAGAUGCGCACCUGAAUAAAGUUCAUGAGCAUCAGACAUUUAGUCAGAGGACCAACUAGCAUUCAAACAUAAAUUCCAAAGGCUUUUAACAGCUGUCAAAAGCAUUUUGUGCAUUUCUGGUUGGCAUUUGAUUUAAAUUGGCAACCGUUUGAUGAUCAUGUUUUGUUUGUGGGAAAAGGGAUUCUUACUUGCCUUCUUUUCAUUGUAAAUAUAGAUAUUUUUUUUAUAAAUUAUUUUUCAGUUUCCAUUAA